UGCUCGCAGGGCUCCUUUUUCAAAGAGCUGAAGAGAAAUUACGGCAAUCGUCUCCCUCAAACACCCGUCUAUCUGAAAAACUGCCUCAGUGACUAGCAUGAAGUUUAUGAAAAGACACCAGAUUCUAAAGGAAUUUCCUUCAAAAUAAUUGGAUUGGUGUGCAUGAGGACUUUGUCACUGGCAGAAAGAAGAAACUUUACUUUUUUCAUCUUGUUUCAAGGUCUUUGCCAAGUCUAAAAUUAUGUUUCCAAGUGAAGACUGGAACUCAAGUGAGCUGCUUAACAGCUCCAUUGGAAACUCCUCUACGGAGGACACGGAGGACGAGGAGCACCCCUUCCUGACAGAUGCUUGGCUUGUACCCCUUUUCUUCUCUCUCAUUAUGCUAGUGGGGCUGAUCGGAAACUCACUGGUGAUCUAUGUCAUCUCCAAGCACAGACAGAUGAGGACCGCCACUAACUUUUACAUUGCUAACUUGGCUGCCACUGACAUCAUUUUCCUGCUGUGCUGUGUGCCAUUCACUGCUACCCUCUACCCUCUGCCUGGCUGGAUAUUUGGGGACUUCAUGUGCAAAUUUGUUGCUUUUCUCCAACAGGUGACCGUACAGGCGACGUGCAUCACUCUUACGGCAAUGAGUGGAGACCGUUGCUAUGUGACUGUGUAUCCUCUGAAAUCCCUGCACCACCGAACCCCUCGUGUCGCAAUGAUUGUUAGCAUCUGUAUCUGGAUUGGUUCCUUCAUCCUUUCCAUACCAAUCUUCCUGUACCAGAGGCUUGAGGAUGGAUUUUGGUAUGGACCAAGAAAAUACUGCAUGGAGAGGUUUCCAUCAAAGACCCACGAGAAAGCUUUCAUCCUCUAUCAGUUCAUAGCCGUAUAUCUACUGCCUGUCAUUACCAUCUCCUUCUGUUAUUCCUUCAUGCUGAAGAGAGUGGGACAAGCCUCUGUGGAACCAGUGGAUAACAACCAUCAGGUCCACCUGCUCUCAGAGAGAACUAUCUCCAUUAGGAGUAAGAUUUCCAAAAUGGUAGUGGUCAUUGUUGUUCUUCUUCACCAUGCUGCUGGGGUCCCAUUCAAGAUCUUUGUCCUAUUCCAGUCUUUCUAUCCCAACUCUUCAAAGCCAACUAGCAACAUACUAAGAUCAAGAACAGGGACCAACUGCAUGUCCUAUGCCAACAUCCUUUCUAUCCACCCUAUUGUCUAACGGUUUUUAGGGCGCCAGCAUUCCCGCAAGUCCCUUCCAGAGAAGACCUUUCCCUGCCCUCUUCAGACACAAAGUGGAGAUAACAGCAGUAUCGCCUCCCGCACGGCCAAUGCAGAAAUAAAGUUUGUAGCAACGGAGGAGAGCAACACUGAGAGGAAAUGAGAGCAGAUGACACCUCAACCAUGAAUCCAUGCCAACUGUCUAGUCGCCGAAGCGCAGGCUUCCCCCAUAAAUAGGGGUUAUAUUUAGUUUGCUGAGUUGUGAAAAAAUUCUAAUGUGGUACAAAAGGCCAUUUAGAAGGCAAAGAACUGCAAAAGUGCACAUAAAUUAUUACAGUUAUAAUUACAGCUGGAGUUAAGUAGUAUUAUUUAAUAUUGGCAUCCAACAACUCUUAUGAUUGGCCCUGCCAUGUUACAAGAGCUUGCGUUUUUAAAAGUUGUAUGGAAAGCUCAUUUUGCAGGGCAUAAGUUUGCAGAUAGGGAACCAAACGGAUGUUCUGCCAGCGGAGAUGUGUAGGAGCUUGCCUGAGAGGAUGUUGACUAAAUCAAACAUGGC